GUGAUACUGUGUGAAACACUUAACACCACCAAUCGACAUUCAGACAACAUUGCAUUACCGGCAACUCUAACCCUACUUUUUGAUAACCUUUUUGGAGUGUUUUUCUUUUAUUUUUGAAAAAGAAGUGAUUAUGGAUCUAGGUGAUAUUGUUAACACAGAAGAAGACAUACUGAAAAGACAUAAACAAGAAAAAAAAGAUUUGUUUUCUAAAAUACAGUCAUUGAAAAAGAGUGUCCCAAAGGGUGACAAGAAGAAAAAGAAAGAGAUUAGUGAUGAGAUAUCCAAAUUAGAAAUUGAACUCGAUACAAAACAUAAAGAAGAACUCAGCCAAUUGGAAAAACAAUCUGAAGUUAGCCAGGAGCCCUCCGAGUUUGAGAGUUCUGCAGUAAAUGAAAAUACUAAUGAGCAAUUUGAUAGUCAUGAGACGGAACCUGAAAGUAAUAUUCGAGUAUCAAGAGCUCAAAAACGUAGAAAUAAAAAGGAAUUUGAAGCUAAAGAACGGGAGAAACGUAUUGCAGAACAAGCAGAGAAGAACAAAGAAGGACCCAGGCUUUUAGAAACCAAUGCUAUCAAACAAGUUCUCAAGUCGAUGAAGUUAAAACUUCAUAAUAUUCCAGCCGAUGGUAAUUGCUUAUAUCUAGCAGUAAAUCAUCAGCUGCAAAUAACAGGUAGGUCUACACACUCUGUAAAUGAAUUACGGAAAGUAACUGCCGAAUUCAUGCGAAAAAACAAAGAUGAAUUUCUUCCCUUUAUGUGCAAUGAAUUAGACGAAUCAGAGAUUGUUAGUGAAGAACAGUUUGAAAACUACUGUAAAGAUGUAGCCACAACAAAACUCUGGGGUGGACAACUGGAACUAAGAGCUCUCUCAAAUAUCCUUACUAGUCCUAUCAAAGUUAUUCAGGCAACAGGACCACCGACAUUACAGGGUGAGCAAUUCAGAGGGCCUGAAUUAAUUUUGACCUACCACAGACAUCUCUAUAGGCUAGGGGAGCACUACAACUCAACAACACCAAUUAUAGAAGAUGAAGAUGUAUGAACUUCACUGCCAAGAGCUUUAAUUAGAAAAUUGAAUGAAAAUGUGUGAACAUUUCUUUGUGGUACUGUUUGAUUUCACAUCAGACAUUUCUGGAAUUACUGACUCGUGAAAGUUUAGAUCAAUAAAAGAAUUUUUAUUAUUAAA